GUUUAAGCAUCACCACCUUCCUCAUGAAUCCAAGAUCAAGCUAAGAGCAGUUAUAAAUUAAUAGUGUCAGUUUCAAUAGAAGCUUUAGCAAUGGCGGACGCUGAUUAUGUAGAAUGGGGCAUAGACAUGGAAGAAUGGGAGCAAGGAGAGAUGGAGCGGCCUCCGCCGCAUUUGCUAGCUGACGAAGAAGAAAAAGAAGGAGAUGAAAAGAAGAUGAGAGGGAAUAUGAAGUACCAUUGUUGUUCCAAGGUCCAUUUCAACUUGCGAAGAUCAGCAUGUCCUUCAGAAGAUGGUAAGAAUGUCGCACGAGACAAUGGUGAAGUUUUGCAGAUGUCAGGAUCCCUCGAUGUGGUCAAUGGAGUGAUUCAUACCAAUGAAAGUUUGGUCAAGUUGAACAGCUAAUAAAUUAGUAAAAUUAAAAUCCAUACAAGUAAAACGCUAGCUGUCCUUUCCCUUCUCUUGCCUUGAUUUUUUCCUCUUUCUCUUGUUUUCUUCUUUUCCUUGGUCAUCAUUGCUUCUCUCCCAUCUGGCGAUUAGAGUGAAUGGUUAAAGAUAGGAAUUCUCUUUUCCAUUGUGAGGUUUUUUCUCCUCUUGUAGAGAUUUCUUCCUUUUUUUUUUUUGAGAAUUUUUACCUUGGUUUUCUCAAUAUUUAUUUUUGGGAUUCACUUUUGUCAGAAGAGAAUGACAACUUGAAUAUAAUAUUAGUUGGACU